AUGUCGAUUCCAGCAUCUUUGGCAAGCUCAGCUGCAGACUUGCUGCUUAAUCUGGAGUUACACCAUGAGCAACACCCACUCCCAGAAACACUAGUUGACAAAUCAAGUGUAAUUUCGGAUAGAACUGCUGGCUCCCGGAUCAGUCUAGAACGGUUAGAAGAAGUGGUGGGGACCAAGUCUAAAACCUCAGUGACCCUGACUGCUGCUUCUCAUAGAGUCCCUAUUUCCCAAAGAAGAGGACCUUUGUCAUUUCUUACUGUUGUUCCAGAAUAUGACGAUGCCAGGAAUUACAGCCGCAUUACUAAGCUUAUAGUAGUUUCUGUUGUUGCGUUCGCAAGUAUCACCGGACCCAUGGGAACUUCUAUCAUGUUGCCUGCCGUGGACGAUAUGGCAGCCGACCUCAACACUACCGUCAGCACUGUCAACAUAUCCGUAGGUAUAUACCUUAUAUCUUUGGGUAUAUUUCCUAUGUGGUGGUCGAAUUUCUCAGAGAAACAUGGCCGUCGAAUGGUGUAUGUAUUUUCUUUUGCAUUUUUCUUUGCGUUCUCUAUUGGCUCUGCUUUGGCUCCCUCCAUUUCUUCCCUCAUCGCAAUGCGUCUACUAGCAGGUGUGGGUGCUUCUGCCGUUCAGGCAUGUGGAGCAGCAACGGUAGCUGAUUUGUACGUCACAGAAGAGCGUGGAACUGCUUUGGGAAUAUUCUAUUUGGGUCCCCUAUUGGGUCCUUUCUUAUCUCCCAUUAUCGGUGGUGCUGUUGCAGAAGCUUGGGGUUGGCGUGCCACCAUGUGGGUCAUGGUCAUUUUUUGUGGAAUCAAUGUGGUCCUGAUUAUAAUCUUUCUUCCUGAGACACUUCGAAAAGAGGAUAGCAUGGAAAAUGUUCGUUUGAGAUUGAAAGAGCAACUUGAAGAGAAGAAUAUUGCAAUGGCUGAAAACGAGCUCGAACGCAUCGCCACAAAUCUAUCACAGAGCUCGUCAUUGAGAAGACAAAUAUUGGAUGAUGAAACUCCUAUGGAUUUCGUAACUCCAGCACUUCUGAGACUUACAACCAAUCGCUCGGCUUAUUCUAAGCGGCUCCAGGAAUACGAAAUGUCAAUGGCUGAUUCACACAUCCUGAAACCCCGGACCAAAUGGCCCCACAUUUUGUACGACUAUAUCAUUCGCCCAGCACAUGCUGUGGUGCUUCUUGGAUAUCCACCUGUUGCACUUGCAAUCGCAUUUUCAGCCUUUACAUUUAUGGGGAUCUAUUUUUUCAAUAUCUCCAUCACGAACUCUUACAGUUCUGCCCCAUACAACUUCAGCUCAGUCAUUGUGGGAUUGAUGUACAUUCCCAACUCUUUCACAUAUAUUAUUGCAUCGAUCUAUGGAGGAAAAUGGAAUGACUGGCUCAUUCGCCGCUGUGCUAAACUAAACAAUGGCGAGAUGAUUCCAGAAUCUCGUAUUUCGUGGAAUAUUGUGGUUGCUGUGUCCUUGUUCCCACCCGCGUGCUUGAUUUUCGGCUGGUGUAUGGAUAAAGGGGAAUUCUGGUUAACACCAUUGAUCGGCACAGCAUUGUUUGGAUUCGCCUCUAUGCUUGUAAUUGGCGUGACCUUGACUUACAUUAUUGAUGUUCUACCUGGUAAAGGAGCCACGGGAGUGGCCCUCAAUAACUUGGUCAGGCAAAUUUUGGCGGCAAUUGCAACAUUUGUGACAGAGCCACUUGUAAGAGCAUUGACAAUUGGCGUAUUGUUUUCCAUUUAUUUGGGUGUGAUUAUGGUGGCCUCCUUGUGCAUGUUAUAUUUGAAGCGCAAUGGUGGCAGUCUUCGUCACAAGUACGAUAUUACAGACUAUUAUGCCAAGCUAUGA